AUGGGAUGGAUUCAAUGGACAUCUUCGCUCUUUGGAACAGUGGAUGUGCUAGACCUCGUUCGGGGCUUCUUUUUGGUUAUGGCUAGCACAAUUCUUCUUGCAAACAGUAUCCCAAUCGUUAGCUCUCGUUUCGUUGCUUAUGGCCCACGAGCCACGUCGUCGGAACCGGCAAAAGCUUCACAGAAUCGGGAGCAAAAUGACCGCACGGUGUCCAAGCUAUUCCCUUCGUCAAGGGUCAUGCAAAUUUUGGACUUGAGAAGGGAAUACCCAAAUAUCCAUGUCACGCAAUCAGAUAGUUCUUUGCUGGACAUUGUUGUUAAUUCAAGGUAUCCGUCGACUGUACGAAUCAAUUUUCAUUACAAAGCCAUCCCAAUCGAAAAUGUGGUUUCUACACUGGAUCAUCGGGCUGUUAUAUUACAUUGCGAUGGGGACGGCUAUUUGGAUUGA